AUGGCGCGCUGCCACUUGCUCCUCUGCGUCGGGAUGUUGUCUUUGCCGGUUUGGUGCUUGGCUUUUUACCGCGGACCGCUGCACCCGGAGAUGUCUAACGGAACCUUCCAUCAUUACUUUGUCCCGGACGGAGACUACGAGGACAACGACGAUCCAGAGAAGUGCCAGAUGUUGUUCAAGAUGACGGACGAGCGUAAGUGUGGGCUGCAGGAGGACCAGGACGCGGUGAUCCGGGACGACUUCACCAUCAUCAAGCGGCAGAUAGAGGACUCCGCACGGGUCAUCGAAGGCAUCGGGAAAAGCAUCUCCUACGACCUGGACGGAGAGGACAGCUACGGUAAGUUCCUGCGGCGGGAGACCUCUCAGAUCUCCGAGGCCUUCAGCAGCUCCGAGAAGUCUCUGGUGGAGCUGGAGGGAAAGUUCCGUCAGAGUCAGGAGGGCGAGCUGAAGGAGGAGCAGCGCCUGGGGGAGGACUUCCUACAGAUGGUGGUCCACACGCGGGACGUCCUGAAGGAAACCGUGGACAUGUCUCUGGGACUGAGAGACAAACACGAGCUGCUGUCCCUCAUCAUCCGCAGCCACGGCACCAGGCUCAGCCGCCUCAAGAACGACUACAUCAAGUUCUGA